CACAUGAUUGUUAAAUUAAUUGUUUGUUAGACCACCUGGCACUUGGCUGUGUAUUACGUUUGCCUAUCGCGACUGGAAGGCAGAAAUUUAAAAAACACAAUUUGGCUGAAAAAUUUGGUUUCACCAUCGAAACUUGUUGGAACUAGUAACGUUUAAACUACGCUCAAACGCUCGGGGAAAGUGUUGGAUUAAAUAAUGUCUGAUUCUUUGGCGGCUACGAAUCAUGCAAAACCGUACAACAGCAAUUUUGUUGUGGCGAGCUCGUCACCACAUCACAACGACGCCAUGAUAGAUUCCAACUCGACUGUAUCUAGUUAUGGAUAUACCAAUACAAACAAAGUACAAAAGCAUUUAAUGAACGAACUAAAUCGAAGAAUGAGUCAACGAAAACGAGCCAAAGUAGGUCCAGCAUAAAGAUAGCAACAACAAAAUCGGAGUUUUAAAACCUAGGGUUGUCAAGUAUAUGUUGAUGUUUGACAGUGAAGGUUGCAUACCGCCGGGACGGAAUUUACAUUUUUUCAGGAAACUAGCUGGUUUUGAAACCAAAAAUGAAAGUAAAAAAUACUGUUAAAUUACCUCAAUUUCAACUAUUUUCACUAUCUUCAGAAAUACUUUUCUCUAUACCUUUAUAAAAUAUAAACAAAACUUGAUUAUAUUCUGCGGAUUUCCGAAUGUUGGUUUCGGGCAGUAAAUUCGCGGGAAAAUUUCGCGGGAAGCUUGAAUAUUUUCGUCCCCAGAGGAUUUGCUAAUAAAUUGUGUGACGGGGUCAAAUGGUUAAUGUUUUAUUAUAUUGAGAGGUUCUUGUGAUAUAUUGAUAAUAUAUGAAUGAUCAAUGCGGCCGGAAAUUUUUCCUGCAAUGUUGUCCACAGACAUAUAUAAACCUAAACAUUUCUACAUGCAAAAAUGACCAAAGUGUAAGUUCACUAUUAAAAAUAUUUGAAAUCAUGCAAAGAAAAAUUAAGUGUGUAUUAAAAUAAAUUUGCCCAACCGAAUAAUUUAAGUUAUUAAUAUAUAAAUGUUGCCUAUUGUUUACAUAUCGUAAAGCCUAAGCGUCUUUGUUUCAAAGCACAUGGCGAUUGCAUGUCUUGUACGGGGGGACGGUAAAAAAAUUGCUGCCAUUAAACUUAUAACUUGAGAAUUUUGGUCUUAUUCAAGAAGCUAUGAAGAGAAGUAUUAAUCCUGUAAGAUCUACAGGCAUUUUAUAUUAUUUUUAAUAUAAAUUUAGUUAGUUUUUGGCUUUAUUCUUUUGCGAAGUUGGUAUAUUUAUGUUUUAUAUUUAGGAAAUUCAACAUGGCGGUCUGUACAAAAGAUUUCGUGAUUUCUUGAUUUGUCCCCAUGGGAUUUCAAAUAAAUUCAAGAAUAAUAUUGUAGCCCCUGGGGAAUUAUAAACGAGGGGUUUAUUUUCACCUUAGGGAUUUGUUAAUUUGACUGUAGAAUUUUAUUGUGUACAUGUAUAAAUCGCGUAUAAAAUCUGCAAUAUAAUAUGUUUGCUGUUUGCACCAAGUAAAAAAUAUGCGAGAAUUAUAGAUAUUUCCAUGUAUUUCAGGAAAACAUUUAUAAUGCUUGAAUUCGGCGCAAUUUUGUUGGCAAAGGCAGACAAAACUGUAGUUGUUAAUGUUAUUCUGUGUGUGUUUUUGUAUGGAAAACUUAAAUGGCCUUUGAAUAGGUACUAUGGUAGACAGUAGUCUAUGCUUAGUCAUAUAGAUCAUAGAGAAAAUAUGAAUUGGCGUAUUUAAUAGUAAUAACUUGAGUAAGGAAAACAGAAUCAAUUGCCUUACUAGACGCAGAUUAUCCGCCAAGAUGGAUCAUCUGCUAGAAGGAUAAUCUGUCAAAAGACUGUGAGUACAUAUCACAGAGUACAUUAGAUACAGAGGUCCGAUUCAACCAAAAACCUUGCCACGCCAUGAUUUGCAAUCACAAUGUCGUCUCCAUGUUCCUAGCCAGUGCACAAACAAGAGGCACUCUCCCCCCUGAGCCUGCAUAAGCCACGCCAGCCAUUUUUAAUGUUUUCAGGGAGGUGACAACCUCAUCUUAGCACAGGCUAGGAACAUGGCGACAACAUUGCGAUUGAAAAUCAUAUAUUUGCAAAUCAUGGCAGUUACGCUAUCAACAAAGGCACUGUCAAGGAGUUCAACUUCUGUAUGUGUUUAUUCUGUGCUAAUAUGGGCACCAGUGGGACACAACUCUCAAGUGUCAGAGAGGUGUCCCCACGGCUGGUAAUCUUAUGUCUGUUAGGAGAGAUCAGAUCUAGAUCUAGUAUAAAUUAGGUCAAUAAUGAAUAUUUUUACACACAGGUGGAAUACACAGAAGUGGAUGAGAAGCUAGCCAGGUUGACAGAUGAAGAGUUAUCAGACUCUGAGAUAUUGAAGAAUAAUGGAGUGGAGAUAGUAGUGGAAAGACAGAAUUCAAGACAGCCUGAGAAAGACGUGCCAGAGAAUGAUGAUGAUGAAGAAGAGGAUGAUGAUGACCUACCAACUGGUAUGGAAUAUUGUCUGGGUAUAUGCAUACAAGACGGGGGAGGGGGAUUCUAGCCCCCCCCCCAAAAAAAUCUUUAGAAACCAUGGAAAUUUGGGCAAAUGCUAGGAAAAAUCAAGAAAAUUUGAGCAGAUUUAUCAAACAUCAGCCCCAUACACCUAUUAUCUUUACAGAUUUCGUUAUUAAGGAUAUAUGUGUUUAGCUCAGUUUAUUUCAACCCAGUUCAGACCAUUAUGUACUCUAAAGUGCCUAUUUUUAUAUACACAGAAAUAUCUAGUAUACAAUCCAAAAUUAUUACAUUAUCAUACCUACAAAGAUUAUCAACACAGUCAAUUUUUAACCAUUGAACCAAAACGGGCCCUACUUUGUUAUUUUAAAAAAUUUCCCCAACAACUUUGCUGAUCAAGAAGAAAUUGUUUAGAGUAUGUUUGUUAUUUUACUCUGUCUAACAGCAGACAAUUUUAGUUGUCAAGGAAAUGUGUUAGGAGUGUAUGGGUUAAGCUUGAAUAUAUUUGUUUAGGUCUUGAAGGAGCUGCAUUCCAAAGCCGUUUGCCGUAUGACAAAAUGACAACACAAGAAACAAAUUAUUUUCGAGAUAUUUCGGACGGACAACCAGGACUUCAAAGACAAUUCUUAUAUGUCCGCAACAGAUUGGUAAAUGAAUAGCCAUCUGCUUUGUACAGUAGACAUUGAUGUGCUUUUUUGCCAUAAUUCAAUGUCAUGUUUUAUUUCUACUUAGCUUCAAAUUUGGUUAGAGAAUCCAAAACAACAGCUAAUUGUUGAACAUGCUAUUCGUGAAAUGGAUCCUCAGCACAAUGGUGUGUAAAUCAAUCUCUUUGAAAUAGCACAGGAAAAAACUUAAAUUCCAAUAAUGGGUUUUGAAUAGUUUUUUUUUUAAGAUUAACGCUUACCAAAAUUGGUUAAUUAAAUGACAAAUUUCCCAAACAGUUAAUUGGUAAAAACCAUGAUGUUUAAUAAUUUACCAUUAAUGGCACUGUCCUGCCUUUCCUGUACACCUAACUGACCUAAGAAAGCUAUGGUGCAAUAGCUGAAGCACCCACUACCAGAAGGUGUGCAGCACUUUGCCAGAUGAGCCUAGUUUUACACUUUCUUAUGUAGCAAACUAAUCUCCAAUUACAAUAUUCAACUGAUUUCUUUAACCAUCUAAUUAGUUGACAGCAAGCUAGUUCAUCGUGUGUUCGCAUUUUUGGAGAGAUAUGGUUCAAUUAACUUUGGUGUAUACAAGCAACUGAAGCCCAUGCCUAAAAGUAAGUCACAAUACUUUGAUAACUGAUACCAUAUAAAAAAGUGGAAAGCUUAUAGUUACUGUAUAUAUUAACACCAUGUACUUCUUUUCUGUUUCAGUAACAAAUUCACCAAAGAUAAUAGUGAUUGGUGCUGGGAUAUCUGGCCUCACUGCUGCUAGACAACUGCAAUCUUUUGGUUUCAAUGUGACAAUGAUUGAAGCUAGGGUAGGUAGAUAUCCUAAGUGUUUUGCUUUUAAUACUUGAUAAAUAGAAUUAUCUGUUACUAGAUUCAGAAAAGUAGGGCUGCAGAUUGAUAGGGAUGCAACUACAUGAAAAGUACAAGGAGAACUUCAGCGUUUCAAGCGAAGGCCCUUCGUCAGGAUGUUAGUAGCAGGUGUUGGGGAAAGUUCAUGUAGUUUUCCCAACCCCCACUACUAUAACUUCCUAUUCUUAAUUAAUGUAAACUUUGACAGGAAAGAGUGGGUGGUCGUGUUGCAACAUUUCGUAAAGGACAGUACAUUGCAGAUCUUGGUGCCAUGGUUUUGACUGGACUGGGUAAGAUCAAUAAUCACCCCUGUCAAGAUCAGUGGGUAUCAUACAUACACUAUAACCAUAUUCCGUCUACCAAUAUAAUGGCAGUACCACAUAAUAAUAAAUGUACCUAAUUUUGUUUCCAAAGGUGGCAAUCCUCUUACAGUGUUAAGCAGUCAAGUUAGCAUGGAACUACACAAAAUAAAUCAAAGAUGUCCUCUGUUUGAGACUAAUGGAAGAAGUGUAUGUGAAAAAAUAUUUGAAAUUAGAUUAAUUUCUUGAAAACUUCAAUUUCUUCUCCAAAACUGCUGUAGUUAACUGCCAUGGGUAUCUUGUGAAUUAAUCAAUCAGCAAGCCAGUUGGACUGUCAGAUCGGUUCCGGUGGUUGGUCGGUAGGUUAGUGGGUAGGUUGGUCGGUCAGUAAGUCGGUCACCAUUUCACUGAAACUGAGAAAAACUUUGGAUGAAAAGUCAACAAUGAACGUAAAGGUGGAAGGUUAUUAUAAUUGUGAUUCCCACAAUGAAACAGGAAAGACUUAAAGACAGCAUGCAGGUCAUCCAGAAUAAAUGUGUGGAAGAAAGCAACACAUUCAGCAUUAUGUCUUAUUCUGUCAUUCUGAUGUUCUAGGUUCCCAAAGACAAAGAUGACAUGGUUGAGCAAGAGUUUAAUCGAUUGCUUGAAGCAACAUCAUACAUUACACACCAGUUAGAUUUCAACCAGAUUGAUGGCAAGCCACUGACACUAGGCCAAGCACUGGAGAUGGUUAUUAAGUGAGUUAACAGUUUUUAUACAGUACAAGUAUGUAGUUACCAGUAGUUACUGUAGUAAACUCGUUUGGCAUUAGAGAGAUACCCUGUGAUCCCCCUCUGGUCGGGGCUGUCACCAUCCUUGUGAAAGAAAGUAGAUAUAUCUCUGUAACGGCCAAUUUGUAUACAGCAGACAAAAGACAAGCCCAGACUAUGUCAUAUUGGUGACUGUGAAUUGAUUACAUCUGAAACGCAAUAACUCCCUUUCCAAAUGCCAGAACUCCCUUUUCAAAUGCCAGAACUCCCUUUUCAAAUAGCAGAACUCCCUUUUCAAAUAGCUGAACUCCCUUUUCAAAUAGCUGAACUCCCUUUUCAAAUAGCAGAACUUCCUUUUCAAAUGGCAGAACUCCCUUUUCAAAUAGCCAAACUCCCUUUUCAAAUAGCAGAAUUCCCUUUUCAAAUAGCAGAACUCCCUUUUCAAAUGGCAGAACUCCCUUUUCAAAUGGCAGAACUCCCUUUUCAAAUAGCAGAACUCCCUUUUCAAAUAGCAGAACUCCCUUUUCAAAUAGCAGAACUCCCUUUUCAAAUAGCAGAACUCCCUUUUCAAAUGGCAGAACUCCCUUUUCAAAUAGCAGAACUCCCUUUUCAAAUAGCAGAACUCCCUUUUCAAAUAACAGAACUCUCUUUUCAAACGGAAAAACUCUCUUUUCAAAUAGCAGAACUCCCUUUUCAAAUAGCAGAACUCCCUUUUCAAAUAGCAGAACUCCCUUUUCAAAUAGCAGAACUCCCUUUUCAAAUGGCAGAACUCCCUUUUCAAAUAGCAGAACUCCCUUUUCAAAUAGCAGAACUCCCUUUUCAAAUAACAGAACUCCCUUUUCAAAUAGCAGAACUCCCUUUUCAAAUAGCAGAACUCCCUUUUCAAAUAGCAAAACUCCCUUUUCAAAUAGCAGAACUCCCUUUACAAUUGGCAGAACUCCCUUUUCAAAUGCCAGAACUACCUUUUCAAAUGCCAGAAUGCCAGUACUCCCAGUUAUCAACUUGACAACUUUAUUUUGAUUAUUAAUUAAAAUGAAAAUUAGUUUGUUCUUUUACCGAAAGUGACUGGUCAAAAUGACCGGCAAGGUAAGAAUUUGAUCGGACAACUCCGCAUUCUGUCCGGACAUUGUCCGUUGACCGUCCGUUAUUUCGCGCCCUGAGCCGCGAUCAAAUGGGACUACAACGUAUUGAAUGAGGUUGCUUAUCACUUGUGAAAUAUUAUUUAGAUUACAAGAGAAGCAAGUGAAGGAACAACAGAUUGUGCAUUGUAAGAAAAUUUUGGAAGUUCAAGAGAAAAUGAAAUUAGUUCUUGCUCAGGUAUGAUAGACAUUGUGCUAGCAUACAAACUGGUGUGCAGAAGGGUGUUAUAGAUCGAAAUUAUCGCGUGUGAAGACCUAACCAGGAAGAGUUUCGAAAAAUGCAAGUACAGACCCUCAGGAAUCGAAGCUGUGACCCUGCGAUUCCGGUGCAGCUCUCUAACCAACUGGCUGUUUGUAGCAUUUUGGUAAGCUUUUUUGACUCUUUGAAAUAUAUAUUGAAUUAAUUUUAUCUUAUUAGAUGAAACAGGUGAAAGAAAAACUUACUGUCACACAUCAAGAAUAUCAAGACGCCAUGAAAGUUCCAGAACCAAGGUAAGAAAUAGCGUACAUUUACAACUUCGUUGGCUCUGCAGAACUUUUAAUGACAUACUUUCCUAAAAGAACAAAUAAAAGUUUAGGCACAUAGUACAUCUUUUCGGGUUUUUUUGCAGAGAGGUGGAGGCAGAAUUCGAAUUAAGAAGCAAACUACGCGAUAUCUGCUAUUUUUGUAAGGUAGGAAUUGGAUACAUUGAUAGGUUAGGGGCAGUUCGUGUUGAAACUUUAGAAGUGAAUUAAAUCUCCCGAUUCUGUUAAAACACUACCAUUGAUGUUAUUAUUUCAGGAGUAUGAUGCCUUGGAUGAGGAACAGCAUCAGCUCGGAGAAAAAUUGAUCGAACUUGAAGAUAACCCACCUAGGUACUGAAUAAUUGUACUCAUUUUCUUUUAUGCAUCUAUAUUAACGGGAGGAUUAUGAGGCAUCUUUGUCGCAACUGGUACAUAGCCAAAUCGUCCUUGAUGUUCCAAAUCAGGCAAAUCUUCCAUUACUUCAUUCCAAAUCUUCCGUUCUAUUCUAUCAUCCUCUUCUCCAUUACUGGCUCCCGUCAUAACUGUAUCAUGAUGUCUUUUUUAUAAAUUUACUUUCUGUUGCUACAAAGUUAAAGAAAAUAUCAGUUUAAGUAAUGAACUCUAUCUUCACUACAUUCCUAGCGAUGUCUAUCUAUCAUCAAGAGACCGUCAGAUUCUUGACUGGCAUUUUGCUAACCUUGAGUUCGCCAAUGCCGUGCCAUUGGAACGACUGUCGUUAAAACAUUGGGAUCAAGAUGAUGAUUUUGAAUUCAGUGGUAGUCAUGUGACUGUACAGAAUGGUUAUGCCUGCCUGCCUGCAGCUCUUGCAGAAGACCUCGAUAUCCGCCUGAAUACUGCCGUCAGACAAGUCCGCUACAAUCGAUCAGGUUGGUAAUACCGUAUUAUUCCUUGGUCACUCCCUUUCUGCUCACUACGAGCUUCAACUCGCCUGUAAAAUCAUAAAAUUAUCAGCCUGGUAAACAUAUGAAGUGGAAUGGAUUGAAUGACUAAAUUCACAGCUAGGACUUCCUUUAAUCUUCGGUACCAGUGUAGGUAGCGACGUUAAGUUCUAGACUGUUCUUUCCGGAGGUCCAUUAAAGGUCAUUUCUUACUGAUCGAGUGUUUCCACUAGCCUCCUCGGCAGGCAUCUCUAUGAGUUUUAACCUGCGAAUGGGUGUUGAAAUAAAAAAGAUUCCCUGGGCGAGAUACCUGCGGAGGAGGCUAUGUUUCUACAGGAGGACACGUUAAUACCUGGAGAAAACACGCGGUGCAUUGUUGACUCAAACUGGAAAUAUUCUUCUCAUAUGUGACCAAGGGAAAGUUAUGAACAGACAAUUGCAUGUCCAGGUGAUGGAGGUGAAAGGGUCACCCACAAAGGCACUGGUUUCUGGUCGAUAUAUAUGUUAAACUUAACGUCUAAUCUUCUCGCCUUUCUAGGUGUAGAAAUAAUCACGCAAAGCACAACCAAGGCUGCAAUCAGCACGACACAAAGUUUCAAAGGUGAUGUCGUCUUGAUCACUCUACCACUUGGAGUGUUAAAAGCGAUGCCAGAGACGGUUCAGUUUCAUCCACCUUUACCAGAGUGGAAAACUAAAGCUGUUGACAGGAUGGGAUUUGGUAACUUAAACAAAGUUAGUACGAGCUCUAUGUCUCCUGUAUAGCUUAUCAUCCUACCUCGCCCAACCUUACCAUCACAUACCUUACAAUGUGUCACCGUACCUCGCCUUGAUAACCUUACCAUACUACGUAUCUCAAACUCAUUAAUAAUUCAUGAGUAAAUUAGCCAAUCAUAUUGCUUUAUUUUGCUCACAUGAUAAUAGUGGAUACCUGGUGAAGUAUAUUGAUCCUGUCCUGGAUCAAAAUUAAUUCAUCUCACUUUAAGUAGUGAUUUAUUCGUAUCAGAUGUCAUUUCAAAUCCUCGGACUGAACUAGAUUUCAAGUCCUCGCAUUUUGAUCCAGUCCUCGGCUUCGCCUUGGGCCAAUCUCGUUCCCCGAGCCUGCGAUCCUCGGGAAGGAACGCGAGGCUCUGGGAUAAUCCGUUGCCGGAAGCCAGGAAUUCUGGCUAAGAUUGAACUACGCAUUCCAUUUCAACGGCCAAGCAGAUUCCUCCCUGAAACGGAUUAUCCCAGAGCCUCGCGUUCCUUCCCGAGGAUCGCAGGCUCGGGGAACGAGAUUGGCCUUGGGCUGGAUCAAAUUUCGUGGACUUGAAAUCUAGUCCAGUCCUCAUAGUCGGAUUUGAAAUAUGACAUACCAUACCAUACCCUUACCAUACUUUGAUAAACUUGAUUAUCUUACCAUACACCAUAGGCACCAUACCUCAUCUUACCUUGUUUACCAUACCAUGUCAUACCUAAUCUUACCUUACCUAGCAAUCUUAAAUCUAACACGUAACCUGCUCAUUUACAUUAUUCUAGGUGGUCCUCUGUUUCGAUCGUGUCUUCUGGGACCGUUCUACCAAUCUUUUUGGUCAUGUCGGCAGUACUACAGCCAAACGUGGUGAACUAUUCUUAUUCUGGAAUCUCUACAAGACUCCAAUCUUGAUCGCUCUAGUUGCUGGUAAAGCAGCAAAUGAACUGGAAGCUGUCGCAGAUGAAAUCAUUGUCGGACGUUGUGUGGCCGUACUCAAGGGCAUAUUUGGUAGUGGCAAUGUACCACAGGUGAGGAACACUAUUGAAAAUAAGUGUGAGGGGGUUCUCCGCCAGGCGAUUGUGCUAUUCUUGAAGCUCGAUGACUGCAUUUCUUGCAUUUUCUGAAGCAAAUUCGUAAAAGAAUCGCACUAACAUUUCUGACAAUUCGCUAUUUCGCCAAGGCAAUCCUUUAAAUUGGAAGGGCACCUUUGCCCCCCUUGCCCCUCCUGGUAAAGGGCAACGAGGGCGGCUGCCCCUCCUGCCCCCCAGUUCCGGCGUCCCUGACUGUACUAGCUUUUUGCGGAAUCCGAUACAUUUUGUUGGCAGGCUUGUAACUAACUCAUUAAGGUUUGGCUUGUAACUAAUUCGUUAAGGCAUUUCAAAAAUGAAAUAAGCAGGCUUGUAACUAAUUCAUUAAGGCAUUUCAAAAAAUGGGAUUCCCACACGGCAAUCUUGGAAAUCAGUGUGUUUUUUAUAUAUAGUAUUUAGUAUUAAAAUUAAUCUAGUAACUAGAUGCAUGUAAGAUUUUUUGUAAAUAGUACCGACACUGAAGAUUUUACCGUGUUUAAAUAAAUGUUGAAUGUUCAAAAACCGUCUACGAACGUGCGCGUGCAUGCGCAACUCGUCUUUAUUACUGAGAAAAAUAUCAUGUAUGAUGUUGUCCCGAAACCUGUGCCAGUAUAAAUCAUGCUAUUCUAGCUAGUUCGUCACUAAAACGGCGAAUUUCUCAGGCGGAUGACCCGUCUUCAGUUGACGGAUGUUCCGUCUAUGAGUAUUGUUCAAGAAGUCAUUGAACUGUCAGGAAUAUGUCAUGUAUGGUUUUUUCCCCCAAAGACAUUUCCAGUAUAGAUCAUGCUAUUCUAGCUAGUUCGUCUUUACAGAUACAGAUACAGAUAUUUCACAGCACACUCCCUAUCAGGGAUUUUCAGUGACUGGUUACAUUAUGAAUAGAUAGAUAGAACCGGACUGACGUGAAGCAGACCGAGGUAGACUUUGAGCUUACAAAUGCCGCUUGAGCAGUCGCUAUUAGUCCAUACCUCAUUAAUCAUUCUUGUGUGUACUUUUAAGCCAGUUUUCAAAUUGAACUGUAGCGUAGCGUAUUUCUUUGUUUCCUCAGCACUAGAGUGGAAGUAAUGACUUUGACACAAAAGAAAAUGCUACGAUACGUUACGUUACGUUACGAUUGAAGUGGAAAACAUGCUUAAGACGGGUGAUCCAUCGUAUAGAUCGGAUGAUCUGUCUCAAGUGGAAAUCUACAGGGUUGUAGUUUAACUCUUGUGAAACAAAUUUCUCUUGCAGCCCAGAGAAACCGUGGUAACCCGUUGGAAAUCAGACGAGUGGUCUCGCGGUUCGUAUUCGUACGUUGCGGCGGGCUCCUCGGGCAACGACUAUGAUCUCAUGGCUUCACCAGUCGCGAACAGCACUCCAGUGGCAGGCAUGGGGCCUGCACAGCCAAGAGUAUUUUUUGCUGGUGAACAUACCAUACGAAACUACCCUGCCACUGUACAUGGUGCAUUACUCAGUGGGCUCAGAGAGGCUGGAAGAAUUGCGGAUCAGUUCCUAGGCUCGCCUUAUAAUUCUGCACGAAUGUGAAUACAUGACAUGAAUGAUAACAGAACUGUGUUAAAUACUUUGGUUUAGGGUAUUUCAAGCCUGAACUAGGCAGAAAUGACCAGCAAAGACUGCUUGAUUGGUAAUAUACUUCAUUGUUACGAAGAAUAUCGAUGAGAAACGUUUACCUACAGAGUCAAUGCAUCGAGGACGAUGUGUCGAUCGUUUCAACCCAAAUUUCCUUGAAUGCAUUCACAACUAUGGUUUCUAUAAAUAAUGAAUAAUUCGCAUCAUAUGCCGACUCAUACCUAUGCGCCUUACUUUAUUCAAUCUUAGAUACGUGCGGUUUUAUCACUUGUCAGCCUCGACGUUGUGUCACUGUCCAAUUUAAGUGCAUUGGGAAUAAGUUUUGGAGUACAGUUGUAAAGAUGUUUGUAAUAAUGUAAAUAUGUUAAAGAUUGAUAUUAUUAAAGUAAUUACAUAUCACAAUUAUAUUGACUGGUUAAACUUUGUGUGUAUUACUGUUACCAUUCUCCACUGUUUUAAGCAGGAAUGCCAGAAGCAUAGGUGUAAUCAUUGCUUUUUGUAAUCACAACAGACACAACUUUCUGGGUGUAUUGAGGGUAUGGGUGCAACGAAGUCUGCACCCACAUUGUACCACCGAUGCAUCGCACCCAGAAAGUUGUGAUUACAAAAGGGUACACGUGCACCUGCUGUAGUGCUGCACCCGUUGUUCUGGCAUCCCUGGUUUUAAGGUAAACGUGAUUAGGACAGGUGCAGCAGGACCCAUUUCGAAUACUGGAAAGUAUCUCUUGUUUGGUGGGUAGUCAGCCCAGCAAGUUGAGGAGUUAAACUACUGUUGAUGCAAAACAGAAUUAACUAUGCCCAAAGUAAUACUUCAAAUCACAAUUAUAUUUCCUUUAUUUGAUAACUGCACACAAAAUACAUAAUAAUUCUCUCCACAACACACUUAAUAAAAAAUUAUAACACUCCAAUCAUAAGCUAAAAUAAAUAGCUGACAUAUAUAUAUAUACAUAUUAAAAAGCAAUUCCUCCAAGAGACACUGCAAGUCAUAAUAAGCACAUGUAAUUUAUUUUAAGAGAGGAACAAUUUUUUGAAACUUUUUAAACAAUUGAUGCAAGUUUUGCAACUUAUGGCAACAUUCUUCCUAAAGCUUCCCUUUCCCUCUGUGACAAAUUUUCUGGAAUUUGCACUUCGAAUUUCACUAACAAGUCAGCACGGUGAUUGGGUGUCUUCGGCAGCGGAAGCCCCUUACCAUUUAUCCUUUUUGUUGUUCCUGGCUGUGUCACUGAAUUUAAUUGUACGUUCUCUGUUCUUCCUUCCAGUGUUGGAAUCUUAACCGUUGAUCCUAUAAGGGCCACUUUUAACGAUAGUUUACAUGUGUGUAGCAAGUUAUUGUCUGAAUCCCGUGUGAAUAGGUCAUGCGGCUUAUCUUUUAUUACAAAGAUGAUAUCAGCAGGAGUUGUUCCAGGUUUCUGAUCACCUUCCUUGGGAAAUGUUAUUUUAGUUCCAGCCUUCCAACCUUUCUUAAUAUCAACUGUUAAAACCUUCUCUUCUUCAAAUGUCAUUCCACCUUCUGUGACGUUUCUUGUAAUUUUCAUUUUCUUUGUUGUACCAUUUAGUAAGUCCUCCAGACUGAUGGGCAGGUUUCGGUAGAUAGGUGGGUCUUUCGCCACCCGGGAUGGAAGGUUUUCUGCUGAGUGUGACUGCCCAAACAUACCACCAAGACUACCAAAAUUUGAAGGAAAGGCUGACAUGCUCGGACCUGCUCCACCAAAAGCAUGAGAACCAAAACCACUGUUUUUGAGGAAAUCUGAAAAUACACGAGAAAUAUGAUUUCAAAUGGUCUGUGCCAGAGAUACAACUAAUUGAAAACAAGCAGAACUUCAACGUUUCAAGUGAAGGUCCU